CAGAGAUAAAUAUUGCUGCUGUUGUUGAGCAUCAUCUACAAUAGCCUUGACCCAGACCAAACCACCCUUUUACUUUCUCUCUCUGUCUUGUGUCUACUACUCAAAUGAUUCACUCUUUCUUGCUCUGAAACACCCCCUUAUUUUUUUACUAAUUGAUAAUCAUUUCUCUCUCCUUUGUCAACCGAAGAAACUGAAAGAAAACAAAGAAAGAGUAAUAGUAGGUGUGCAGAAAGAAAAAAGAGAGAGAAAGAAGUAAAAGGGUACAUAGGAAAAAAAAAAAGAUUUCAAGAAAAACCCAGAAAAAGAUAGAAUAUUUUCAAGAAUCAAAUCAAGGUUUCUGAUUCAUUCAACCUUAGAAUUCAUAAAGGUAAGCCCUUUUUAGCUUUUCUUCCUUUCUUGCAAGAAACAAAAAGGCAAAUGUAUAUUCUGCUGCUGCUGUUUAUCAAGAAUCCCUAAAUUUCUUGAAUAAAUAGACACUUAUACUUUUGUAGUUACUGGAAAUAUACAGUCAGGGGUAUAGCAUAUAUGGUUUUGAUGAAUGUGAGGAUUUUUGGAGUUCAAUGAAGGUUAAGCGGCGAUGGUGGAUCGGCGGAGCAAAGUGGUUUUGGUCUGUUUUGUGGUUUUGUCCUUAUUGUUUAACUUUACAUUAGAACAGCAGCAGCAAUUGUUGAGUUCUCGACUUGAGAGAUUGGCUUUACUUAAAUUGAGAUCUUCAUUGGGUUUGAGAGCUAGAGAAUGGCCUAUAAAGUCUGACCCUUGUUCACGUUGGGCUGGUAUUCAAUGCCAGAAUGGACGUGUUACUAGGAUCAAUAUCUCUGGUUUUAAGCGUACUCGUAUUGGAAGUCAAAACCCUCAAUUUUCAGUUGAUGCCCUCCGGAACUUCACCUUUUUGGCUUCCUUUAAUGCGUCCAAUUUCGCGCUUCCAGGCGCAAUUCCUCAAUGGUUUGGUUUCGCACUUGCCUCUCUACAAGUGCUUGAUCUUAGGUCUUGCUCAAUUGGUGGUUCUAUUCCUGCAAGUUUUGGCAAUUUGAGUAGCUUAACUAGCUUGUAUUUAUCUGGAAAUACUAUUACAGGGGUAGUUCCAUCAACUUUGGGUAAUUUGUUACGCCUUGCGGUUCUUGAUCUUUCGCAAAAUUCUCUAACUGGCAUCAUUCCUCCGACUUUUUCUGGUCUAAGAAAUCUUACUUCGCUUGAUAUGUCAUCAAAUUACUUAACUGGGGGCAUCCCUCCUGGUAUUGGAAGUUUAGCUAGGUUGAAGUUCGUGAAUUUUUCUGGGAAUAGUUUGUCUUCUUCGAUACCCGCCCAACUCGGUGAUCUUUCCGGUCUGGUUGACCUUGAUCUUGGAUCCAACUCUUUAGUGGGGUCCGUGCCUUCAGACUUGAGAGGUUUAAGGAAUUUGCAGAGACUUGAUAUUGGGAAUAAUUUCCUCUCAGGAUCGUUGCCUGGGAAUCUGUUUCCUGCUUUGAAUCAGUUGCAGUAUCUGGUGUUGAGUCAUAAUGGCUUUACUGGUGGUCUUCCUGACGCACUGUGGACAAUGUCUCGCUUGCAAGUUUUCGAUGCCUCCAGAAAUAACUUUACUGGUACACUGCACAAUCUUACUUCAAGUGUUAACGGCACAACUGCAGUGUUUAACUUAUCUCAGAAUCUGUUUUAUGGAGGUCUCGGUUCUGUGAUUAGGAGGUUUGCUUUUACUGAUCUUUCUGGUAAUUAUUUCCAAGGUACGCUUCCAGAUUAUGCCAGAAGCAAAGUGUCUCUUGGCAAAAAUUGCCUCCAACAACUGUCAAAUCAAAGGACUGCACAAGAAUGCGAAUCAUUUUAUGCAGAGAGGGGUCUAAUAUUUGAUAACUUUGGACUGCCAAAUUCAACUCAAACUCCUACUCAAUCACGCAAGAAGAGUCACAGAACUGUUAUCAUAUUAGCUGCAGUUUUGGGAGGAGCCGCACUUAUUGUGCUCUUGGUGAUUUUGCUUAUACUUUUGAUUGUUUGCGGUCGCAGGAGGGAUGCAACGAAUCAAAGAGGCACUGGUGUUGGCCCUGUUCCUGCAGAUGCAAGCCCUCCAUCUCCAGGAAUGUCUUUAAACUUUACCAGCUUGGGAGAUGCAUUUACAUAUCAGCAGAUUCUCCAUGCCACAGGUGAGUUUGGUGAUGAGAAUCUCAUCAAACAUGGCCAUUCUGGUGAUAUUUUCCGGGGUAUUCUUGAAGGAGGAAUUCCAGUGGUAAUUAAAAGAUUUGAUUUACGCUCAGUCAAGAAAGAAGCAUGCAUGUUGGAACUAGACUUUUUCAGCAAGGUUUCUCAUCCCAGGUUGGUCCCUCUCUUGGGACAUUGCUUAGAGAAUGAGAAUGAAAAGUUUCUAGUUUACAAAUAUAUGCCAAAUGGAGACUUGUCAAGUUGUUUAUUCAGGAAAACCAAUUCAGACGAUGACAGUUUACAAUCUCUUGAUUGGAUAACUAGACUGAAAAUUGCUAUAGGAGCUGCGGAGGGCCUUUCUUUUUUGCAUCAUGAAUGUUCCCCACCCUUUGUUCAUAGAGAUAUACAAGCAAGCAGCAUUCUUCUUGAUGAUAAAUUUGAAGUGCGGUUAGGGAGCUUAAGUCAGGUCUGUGCUCAAGAAGGGGACAAUCAUCAAAAUAGAAUCACCCGGUUGCUGCGGUUGCCACAGACAUCAGAACAAGGCACCUCUGGUACCCCCAAUGCUACAUGUGCCUAUGAUGUUUAUUGCUUUGGGAAGGUCUUGCUUGAGCUUGUAACAGGCAAGCUAGGUAUCAGUGCAUCUGGUGAUGCUGGGAUGAAGGACUGGCUGGAGCAGACGCUACCCUACAUCAGUAUAUAUGAAAAAGAACUGGUGACAAAUAUUGUUGACCCAUCGUUGAUAAUAGACGAAGAUCUAUUAGAGGAAGUAUGGGCCAUGGCUGUUGUUGCCAAGUCUUGCCUGAACCCCAAGCCCUCGAGACGGCCCCUGAUGAGAUAUAUUCUUAAAGCUCUGGAAAAUCCUCUGAAAGUGGUUAGGGAAGAACACACUAGCUCAGCAAGGCUAAGAACAACUUCCUCGAGAAGCUCAUGGAAUGCUGCUCUAUUUGGUAGCUGGCGGCAUAGCUCUUCAGAUGUGGCAGCUAUACCAGUGGCACCGGCUAACAAAAUGGAAGGUGGGAGUAGCUUUAAACAGUCGGGUACAACUGGUUCUCAGGGAAGUGGUCAUAAUGGCGAAGGAGGCCAUUCAUCCUCAACUAGGAGGCAGUCCAGGGAGAUUUUUCCUGAACCGAUGAAUGUCCAAGAUGUAGAAAGGCCAAAUGAGGAUUAGAACUCAGAUUAUUUUUUCAUAAUUCUUUUGUUAAUAACAAGAGCAGGCUUUGCAUUUGAGUCCCUUGCUUGCUAAUACAGCUCAACAUUCUCCUCCAAGUAGGAAGAUUCUGGUAUUGCAAGCCCGUCUCCUUCUUACCCUAGGGGAGGGGAUUUGUUUAAAAAUUGCACAGCUCCACCAGAGGUAAUUGGAUAGAAAGAUUUAAGGGAAUUCUUGUUUAGCAGGAAAGAGACACCAAAUUGCAUGGAUUUUGAUUUUGGAAGUUCUUUUUUUUUUUUUUUUUUUUCCAUUUCUUCGUGGAGAGUGAGAGAGACGAGAGUGAGGUUUAGUCCAGUGAUGAUUCUUCUUCCUAUUUGUUUGGGGCUUGUUUUCCGUUGAAACAAGCUACAGUUUUUCUGUUGUUGGUCCUCCUGUGGAAUGUAAAUUAUAAAGGCUCCACCUCCUUCCAAAAGAUGGAAGGCGUCAAAGACAACAACCGCUACAUAGUUUCUUUCUUUCUUU